AUGGGAGCCAUGAAGCCGGCCAUUGUACUGCAAUUCUUUGAGCGAUUCAACCUGUCCACCAUUGUGCUGUCUGACACUGAUACUGUCUGGCUGAGGGACCCUGCAGAAGAGAAGGCCUUGAGAGGGGAGCCUGUCAAUGUCAGCCGCUGCGGCCAUUUACCAGGGUCAACUAUGGACCGCCUGGCGCUCAAUUCUGGCAUCAUUGCCUUCAGAAACAGGCCUGCCGCCAAGAGAUUCUUGCAGCGCUGGCGGUCGUAUUUGCUGGAUCCUGCAAAAGCCAGGCACAUCUCCAGCUCUGGCGCCAAUUGGACUGUGACAGAUCAGCUUGCCCUCAACCUCAUCAUGCAGGAAGGCACGGGUAACGUAGUCCAAAGUGUAAGGGAAGGUGGGCGGCUCGUGUGGCUUGCUGACCGGACAAUAAAGGUCCUGCCACUGCCUGUCUUGGCGGCGGUCAACGGCCAUGUAGCCUUUGAGCAGCACCUGCCUGAGAGGCAUGGAGUGUCCCCAUAUGUGGUCCACGCAACAUUCAAUCGUUUUGGACUGCCCGGCAAGCGAAUGCGCUUCCGGGAGAUGAAUUGGUGGCUGGUGAAUUCAGACGAUUACACCUCUCCUCACCGCCAGUUUAUGACAUAUGACAACAAUGUGGCCGCGUUCCUGGAAGGACUGGAGGGGGCUGAGCGCCCGAUGGUGCCCCUGAAGAAGCACCUGCUUGGCGCAGCCUACCAGGUCGCAGCUCUGAGGGACGCCCUUGCCAUUGCCUGGUUCCUGAACAGGACGCUGAUCCUGCCCCAGUUUCUGGCCUGGUGCGACAUCGACCACAAUGCGGCGGUGCUAGAGAAAUGCGCGACUGUCGGCAGCGACCUUCAGCUUCCCUUCAGAUGCCCGGCUGACUGGUACAUCAACAUGCGGAGCCUCGAACAUAGCCAGCUGCAGCUACGCCACUCCAGCUUCCUGUCCCAGCUUCCCAGGGAUGUUCUUGAAUCGCGAGACGCAGUCACUCUCCUGGACUGGGAGACUUUGUCCUUUGGACUGGAGCAUCCUUCUCCGAAUUUUACUCACGCCUUGUAUCUGGGGACACAGGCUGAGAAGCUUCAGGAUGUUUUGGGGUGGGCGCGCGAUGUAGCUAUCCUUGACUGGCAAGGCUUCCAGCCUGGAGCAUUUGGCGGAUCAGCAGACGCCAACAAAACGGAGCACUUCAACAGGCUCUUCAAGCGGGGGGUCCUGGGAGAAUCCCCAUCAGUUUCAGGCCUCCCGCUGGCUCUACAUUCAGCCGCAGCCCCUGGAAGUCAGAAGAGCUGGCGAGGCCACCAUUUCAUGGCAGGUGCCAAAGCUAAGGCGGCCUGCAGUGUGCGAUUUGCUGGAGCCUGA